UGUCUGUGUGUUCAGUGUGAUGGCAGUAGAACACUGUCACCUUCCGUGUGUGUGUGUGUGUGUGUGUGAGUGUGUGUGUGAGUGUGUAUGAGAGAGAGAGAGAGAGAGAGAGAGAGAGAGAGAGAGAGAGAGAGAGAGAGAGAGAGAUUAAAAGUUAUAUGGACAAAUCAUCACUGCUGCUGUUCACCUAAUAAAUAAGACUUGUGUUUGUUACACAAACUCCACCAUGAAUCGGAAUAGAGACUCUGACUCUGUGGAAGAGUUAACUCCUGAUCAGAACGGUGGGAUUCAGACCAUCUACAGCUCCAUCAGUCCAUCUGAGGAACCCAACACCUCCACCUACUUUGACGAGAAAGUUCCUGUACCUGAUGAUGUCACACAGGUUUUUAGUUUUCGGAAGCUUUGGGCCUUCACAGGACCAGGGUUCCUGAUGAGCAUCGCUUAUUUAGACCCUGGGAACAUUGAGUCAGACCUUCAGUCAGGAGCUGUAGCAGGGUUUAAGCUCCUGUGGAUUCUCCUCGGUGCCACUAUCAUUGGUCUUCUACUGCAGCGUCUGGCUGCUCGACUCGGCGUCGUUACAGGGAUGCAUUUAGCUGAAGUCUGUCAUCGCCAAUAUCCUACGAUUCCUCGGAUCAUUCUGUGGCUGAUGGUUGAGCUGGCCAUCAUUGGCUCUGACAUGCAGGAGGUGAUUGGCUGUGCCAUCGCAUUCAACCUGCUGUCUAUGGGCCGGAUCCCUCUGUGGGCCGGAGUGCUCAUCACCAUCAUCGAUACAUUCGUUUUCCUCUUCCUGGAUAAAUACGGUUUGCGUAAACUAGAAGCUUUUUUUGGUUUCCUCAUCACCAUCAUGGCAGUGACCUUCGGCUAUGAGUAUGUGCGAGUGGCCCCAGAUCAGGGUGAGCUGUUAAAGGGGAUGUUUGUUCCGUACUGUCAGGGCUGCGGUGCUGCACAGUUAGAGCAGGCAGUUGGGAUCGUUGGAGCUGUUAUAAUGCCUCAUAACAUCUACCUGCACUCUGCCCUUGUCAAGUCACGAGAUGUGAAUAGAGCAAACAAGAGGGAGGUGAAAGAGGCAAAUAAAUAUUUCUUUAUCGAGUCCUGUGUCGCUCUCUUCGUCUCCUUCCUCAUCAAUGUGUUUGUGGUGGCUGUAUUCGCUGAGUCCUUCUACAAUAAAACCAACAUGGAAGUGAAUGAGCAGUGUAAUCAGACUGGAAGUGUACACACUGACCUGUUCCCACUCAACAAUAACACGCUGCAAGUCGACAUCUACAAAGGGGGUGUGGUCCUGGGCUGUUUCUUUGGGCCUGCAGCUUUGUAUAUCUGGGCGGUGGGGAUUCUGGCAGCAGGUCAGAGCUCCACCAUGACAGGGACUUACUCUGGUCAGUUUGUCAUGGAGGGUUUCCUGAACCUGCGCUGGUCUCGGUUUGCACGUGUGUUGUUAACACGCUCCAUUGCGAUCUUCCCCACGCUGCUUGUGGCCAUUUUCCAGGAUGUUACACAUUUAACUGGCAUGAAUGAUUUCCUCAACGUACUGCAGAGCAUGCAGCUCCCGUUUGCGCUGAUCCCAAUAUUGACCUUCACCAGCCUCACAUCCAUCAUGAACGACUUUGCUAAUGGCCUGUUCUGGAAGAUCACAGGUGGUCUCACCAUCCUGAUGGUGUGUGCAAUUAAUCUGUACUUUGUGGUCGUGUAUGUGACAGCUCUUCACAGUGUGCUGCUCUACGUCCUCGCUGCUCUGCUGUCCAUCGCUUACCUCUGCUUCAUUGCUUAUCUAGCCUGGCACUGUCUGAUUGCUCUGGGUGUGUCCUGUCUGGACGUUUGUGGCAGGGUUGUGCAGAGCCAAAUGGACUUGAACCUGAUGAACAACCUUGAAACAGACCUGGAGCAAUAACACACACACACACACACACACACACACACACACACACACACACACACACACACUGGGUUAUUCUGUUAUUAUUAUUAUUAUUAUUAUUAUUAUUAUUAUUAUUAUUAUAGUUUUUAUAUUUUAGUUAAAGUGGACAAAGAGCCAAACACUGGACACUUCGUGACCUUUUGAGCCGUUUAUUUUAAAUGCUUCUUCAUUUCUCAUGUUUCUGAAUAUUGUGUUAUUGUCUAUUAGACAAUUUGCAUACAGCCAAUAGGAGAGUAGGGGCGUGUCUGUGUGCAAAACCAGAAACAUUUUAUUCUAAUAAGCGACUGAAGCACCUCCCACUGCUGUCCACUGAGCCACGCCCCCAGUCCUGAGCUGAACACUAACAGACUUGAGUGCGUAAAGGACCAAAAUAUUAUAAAUAUAAUUAAUAUAACUAACUAAACUAACACUUCUGACUGAGCUGUUAGUCCUCACUCAUAUUUAUCUCCUGAUUGUUUCCAUCUAAACGUCCAGUGUUUCAUCUCACACCACAGAAAGGGGUUACACAUAUCAUUUAUGAUGAUGUAAUGAUGUGUUUUAUACAUUUCAUAUUGAGUAAUGAUGAUGAAAUACGUUGGCUUGUGUUCUCUAAACACUCGUCCCCUCAGCGGUCUCUCUUUAUUCUCUCAGCUCUAAACACUCGUCCCCUCAGCGGUCUCUCUUUAUUCUCU